GCCGAGGCGGUGGCCCACGUCGGCGAGGAGGUGGCCUCGGCGGACCGCCUCCGCGAGGAGGAGCACGCCCUCUGGGCCCGCAGCCACGCGGACGACGAGGCCGCGGCGGGGUUGCUCGCGCAGGCCAAGACGGUGCUCGAGGCGUUCUACAAG